AUGUGUGACCCGCGAGAUGCUGAGCUCGGAUCCCGGAGGUGGUACCAUCCGCCUCUCCUCGCCCUCCUGGCCGCAGCGGUGCCCUUCUUCUCCGGAGUCUCCCCGUGCCCCCUGGCGUGCCGGUGCCCAGACGAGUGGCAGGUGGAGUGCCGAGACGCCAACUUAACCUGCAUCCCACGGGAGAUCCCGCCACGCACCCGGAGACUGGCAGUGACCGGGAACAGCAUCCCGGUUCUAGGAGGAUCGGCGGUGGCGGGGAACGGCUCGGCGCUGGCCCUCCUCGACACCCUCGACCUCCGGGGCAACCGGAUCCAGACUAUUGUACCCUCCGCCUUCCGGGGUUUACCCAAUCUAAAGACAUUGAACCUCAGCGAGAAUGCGCUGGGCUCCAUCGCCCGCGACGCUUUCCUGGGACUCUUCCGCCUGGAGACUCUGGGCAUGAACCGCGCCCUCCGGAACCUGCCCGGCCGGCAACUUUGGCCGGCGUUGGACCCCGGAUACCUCCCCAACCUCACCCACCUGCACCUGGCGAGGAACCACCUGAGCGACCUCCCAGACGACCUGCCCACCGACACCAAGUGGGAGAUGUUAGACCUGCGGGGCAACCAAUUGCCUGGAGUCGGGGAAGGGGCCAUUACCCGCCUGGAAGAACAGGCUAUUGUGAAAGUUUAUCUGUCCUCCAACCCGCUGCGGUGCGACUGUGGGCUACGGGCCAUGUACCACUGGUUGGACAACACAUCGCAAGUUGGGGACGCGCAGAAGUUGACCUGCGCCCACCCGGAGUCCAUGAACGGGUUCCUCCUGCAGCGGUUGGCUGCCGAGGACCUCCAGUGCCCAGAGACUGACGCCGCCUCGUACGUCUUCCUGGGGAUCGUCUUGGCUCUUAUCGGAGCCACCUUCCUCAUGGUCCUCUACCUCAACAGGAGGGGCAUCAAGCGGUGGGCCAGCAACUUCCGCGAGGCGUGCCGCGACCAGAUGGAGGGAUACGAAUACCGGUACGAGGGCGAACACGAACCUGGGGUGGCUAGUGUUUCAGCUGUGAUCUAGCCUCGCCUUCCCUUGUCCUAGCCAUAAUACCAUGAGACGCAGGAGCAGGAUUAGGCCAUUCGGCCCGUCCUGUGCGCUCCGCAGUCGCUCGUGGCUGAUUUAUCUUCCCGAUUCUCCUGCCUUCUCCCCGUAACCUUUGAUCUAAUCUAGAACCACUCAACAUCCGCUUUAAAUACACUCAAGGAAUUGUCCUCCACAGCCGUUUGUGGCAAUGAAUUCCCCAGAUUCAUCACCCUCUGGCUAAAGAAAUUCCUCCUCAUCUCUGUUCUAAACGGACGUCCCUCUAUUUUGAGGUUAUGCCCAAUGGACAUAGUCGCCCCACUAUAGGAAACAUCCCCUCCACAUCCACUCCAUCUAAGCUUUUCAAUAGUGUAUUUGGUUGGUCUUAAUGAGAUUCUCCCUCAUUCUGAUAAACUCCAGCGAGCACUCCACCGCCCACACGCAGCGCGGCUUCCGAGGAACGUUGCAUCUGGAUGGCUCCAACGAACGUUAUGCUUGUGCUAAGUUAGAACCUCAAGUUCAAGUUUAAUUGUCAUUCAACCAUACACAUGAACACAGUGAAAGGAAACAACCUUCCUCUUAGGUCAAGAUGGAAAACACAGCACACAGCAUAUAGAGCAGAAUGAUAGCAGAAAAACAAAAAUAUUAAAAACAAUAAUUUACUGUCAAUGGCACUGAGUCAUUGUUUGUCUUGUACUUGGAUCGACACUCGUUGGUCUUUAUUAGGUACACCUGCACGCCUGCUCAUUAAUGUAAAUAUCUAAUCAGCUAACCAUGUGGCAGCAACUCAACGCAUAAAAGCAUGCAGACACGGUCAAGAGGUUCAGUUGUUGCUCAGACCAAACA